AUGGGCUUCGGCCAGUUCGAUUCAAUAUGCCAGAAGGCGGCACUGCCCCUGUGCUCCCUGGUCGGCCCGCCAUCCACGAUAUCCGGGUCGACAGGCAUCAUAUCCAACUGCUAUGCGCGGAAUAUUGAGCUUGCCAAUACGAUCAUCUUCGAAGGCGCCGCCUCAUUCAUUCACAUCAUUGCGCUUGGCAUGACGGUGAUCAUGAUUCUACACAUCAGGUCAAAGUUCACCGCUGUCGGCCGCAAGGAGAUUAUCACCUUCUUCUAUCUGUACCUGGCUCUUACAAUCUUCUCCCUCAUCAUCGACGCGGGCGUGGUUCCUCCUGGAAGUGAUCCAUUCCCGUAUUUUGUCGCCGUUCAGAAUGGCUUGACAUCCGCCUUGUGCACAUGCUUGCUCGUCAACGGAUUCGUGGGGUUCCAGCUCUACGAGGACGGAACUGCACUCUCAGUAUGGCUGAUCCGAAUUACCUCUGGGAUCAUGUUCAUAAUGACAUUUGUGAUCUCGCUGUUGACGUUCAAGUCCUGGGGUGGUCUCGGACCCAACAACACCAUCGGUUUGUUCGUGGUGCUCUAUCUCCUGAAUGCAAUCUGCGUCGCCAUCUAUCUGGUCAUGCAACUACUCUUGGUGUUGAACACGCUGGAAGACCGCUGGCCGCUGGGCCAUAUCUCUUUCGGGGUGUUGAUGUUCGCCAUUGGUCAGGUACUGCUGUACGCUUUCAGCGACACCAUCUGCAGUAACGUCCAGCAUUAUCUGGACGGUCUUUUCUUCGCCACAGUCUGCAACCUGCUAGCAGUGAUGAUGGUCUACAAGUUCUGGGAUUCAAUCACCAAGGAAGAUCUAGAAUUCUCCGUUGGGGUCAAGCCAAAUACUUGGGAGGUCAAAGAGCCGCUCCCGGAGGAAGACCGUCGAACAACCGUUUACCAGGACGCCAACUCCGACUAUGCUCCCAGCAUGUACCACCACCGCGCUUCCACCUACGGCCACCAUAAUUACUAG